ACUAUGCUGCUUUCUCUGUUUUUGCUGCAUCAGAGACUCUCCAUUCCCCUUUCAAGUCAAUGAAGAAAGAAAUUUUUUCUUUCUUUUAAAAAAAAAAGCGAGUAUCAAAUGGGAAAUGGAAGAAAGCAAGAGUCACUGGCACAGUUCAUGGCAUAUAUUCCCUUCUGCAAUACAACCCCACAUAUGUUUCCAGAUAUGGAGUGAGAACGUAGGACACGGCCCCUAACAAAUUCCAUUUUUUUUUUAUAAAUGAGAAUUACAACUUCCCUCAUAUUGACAACAUAAGCUCAGAGAAGGAUCAAAACCCACCAUAUGCAUUUCAGUCCUCUACCUGUCUCUCACCAACAGAACAUUGCAUUGGCCUGCGGAAUAUGCAAAAUCAGAACAUGAACCUGGUAUUGUCCACUGAUGCAAAGCCUAGGCUCAAAUGGACUCCUGAACUCCAUCAGAGAUUCGUGGAAGCUGUCAGUCACCUUGGAGGGGCAGAGAAAGCAACACCAAAGAGUCUGAUGAGGGUCAUGGGAGUCCCUGGACUUACCCUCUACCACCUCAAGAGCCAUUUACAGAAAUACAGGCUGGGGAAAAGCCACCAGACAGAAAUUUGCAUCGACAGUAAGCAAGAAGGUAUCUUUGAAGCAGAAUACAGAGAGAAACAGAGCAGUGAUGGGCAUUUCAGUGAGGAGAUCGAUGAUCGAGGACAGAAUGAGAUGAAUGAAAGCUUGAAGAUUGCUCAGGCUUUACAAAUGCAAAUGGAAGUGCAGAGAAAACUUCAUGAACAGAUUGAGGUCCAGAAACAUUUACAGCUGAGAAUUGAAGCUCAGGGGAAGUACUUACAGUCAGUAUUAAAGAAAGCACAAGAAACGCUUGCUGGCUAUAGUUGUUCUGCUGGAGUAGAACUCAUAAAAACUGAACUAUCUGAAGUAAUCUCAAUGGUUAACGCUGGCUGCACGAGUCCUUCAUUUUCUGAAUUGACAGAAGCAGGAGGUUCCAGCCUAAAGGACAUAGAAAGAAAGCAAAUGAGAGGGACCAUGUAUUCCAUGGAAAGCUCAUUAACAUCGUCUGAGAGCUCAGGAAGAAAGGAAGAGAAGCAAGCAAGAAUUGAAACUGUUGAUAUUCUCGAGCAGUCUAAUACUUGUAUUGAACUUCCAUUAAUGGAAAUUCACCCAGAAGAGAAGCCAUGGAAUAGGGGUAAGGCGAGAAGUGUAAGUACGAUUUCUGAUGGUAUGUGUGUUGAGCAACCCCUUGCUAAGAAACUACAAGCUGAUGAAGAAAAAGGGAGUGACCAAUUGAGAAAGCCUGGAUUCCUGGGGACAUUUGAUCUCAACAGACAAUACCAGAAUGACACAGAAUUUGAUUAAAAAACAAUAGAUUUGAACAUCAAGGAAAUGGAUCAUCUCAAAUGGACACCAUUAACACUGGGGACGACUUGGUAAUACAACACUAUGCGGAAGAAAUUGAUUUAAGACCUAAUCUUAUGUUUAUAAAAAGUAUGUAUAAUGUUGUAUGGAGCCUCAAGAAUUUUU